UCUGGGAAACACGUGUGAAAAAUAAAACUACGAAAUUAUUUUCAAUCAUGGCGGACAGUGGAGCCGAAGAAGAGCAAACUCCAGCCCAAGAUAAUGUGGUCACCAAGUACAAAACCAUCGGCGACAUUGUUAAUAAUGCAUUGAAGAAAGUGGUUGAGAAGGCUGCUGCAGGGGAAUCUGUGCGGUCGCUAUGUGAGCUUGGGGAUAGCUUCAUCCUGGAGGAGACCAGCAAGAUCUUCAAAAAGAUCAAGGACUUGAAGAAAGGUAUUGCAUUCCCCACCUGCCUGUCGGUCAAUAACUGUGUAUGCCACUUCUCACCGCUCAGGAGUGAUCCUGACGUCAGCUUAAAAGACGGAGAUGUUGUCAAAAUUGAUAUGGGUGGUCACAUUGACGGUUUCAUUGCUGUUGUUGCUCAGACGAUUGUCAUUGGUGCGUCUGCCGAUAACAAAGUUAUGGGAAGGAAAGCUGACGUCAUACAGGCAGCGUACACCUGCUCUGAGGCUGCCCUCAGAAAGAUCAAACCGGGAGUCCAGAAUUAUGACAUCACCAAGUUGUUUCAGACGAUAGGUGAGUCGUUUGAGUGCCAACCGGUGCAGGGAAUGUUAUCCCAUCAACUCAAGCAAAACACCAUCGAUGGAGAGAAAUCAAUCAUCCAAAACCCAACGGAUGAUCAAAGGAAAGAACACAAGGCAUCAGAGGUGGAGGUUCAUGAGGCGUACGCCAUCGACGUCCUCAUCUCAACCGGUGAAGGGAAAGGGAAGGAGAGAGACACGCGUACCACGGUAUUCAAGAAGACUGACGUCGUCUAUAAUCUCAAGAUGAAGACAGCUAGGGUGCUGUAUAGUCAGGUGGACAGCAAGUUUCAAAACAUGCCAUUUACUCUCAGGGCUUUUGAUGAGGAAGGCAAGGCACGCAUGGGUGUGGUGGCGUGUACCACCCAUAAACUAUUUGAGCCCUACCCAGUCCUGUAUGAGAAGGACGGAGAGUUUGUUGCUCAGUUUAAGUUCACCGUUCUCGUCAUGCCCACCGGCCCGCUAAGGAUCACCCAGGGGGCACAUCAUCCGGAGUUCUUCAAGUCGCAAUUCUCCGUCAAAGACCCAGAAAUCAAGGCUUUGCUCUCACUGUCCGCCAAUCGCAAAGCGGCCAAGAAGAAGCGAAAGAAGGCGGCCAGCAAAGCGGCUGAUGCAGCAGAGGCAGCCGAAGAAGAGGCACCAGACCUAGUAGAAGACAGCAAGUGAGCGAACCUUCCCUCCCCCUUCAUGUCUCAUCUAGCUCCUCCCCUUAUUGGGGCCUCACCACACAAAUGUUAUCAUAAAGGAAGAAGUGUCAUAAAGGAAGAAAGGUCAUAGUAUGCAAGAGCAGGGUGAUUCGCCGAAGACAGAGGAUGGCCAAAACAUUGGCCAACAGGAAUUCAUUUUAGGAUUGGGUGUGGGUGUUAAGGAUUGAUUUUAUUUUUGUCUUAAAGUAUAUCUGACAAGAAUACACAACAUGAGUGUAAUGGAUAUUUUCAUAUUGGUUUUCAUAUGCAUUAAAAACAGUUCUGUGUUUAAAUCACAGAUUUGAAAUUGUGAUGAAUAUAAGAGGGGAACUAGUCCAUAAGCAUCAGGUUUUUUUUCCAGUAUCAAGUUUGUAAGUGCAGUUUCCUUCCUAAUCAUGGAGUUAAAGAGGUUGUGGAAUGCUCGAAGACAUUUCCGUCAUUUUUCGGGUAUAUGUAGCCUAAGGUGUGAUGAAAUAAAAAUG